UCGAGUGUGAGGGAGGCAGGCAGGGUGGCAACGCAGCCACAAUCUUGGGGACAAGAUCGCUUCCACAUCUUCACUGGACCUCUACUUUCACGAUCCAAUCGCCAUUCCUUGGAUCCAAUCAGUGAGCUUGAUUACAGAGGAGGAAGGCGCCAUGGCUACGUGUUCUAUCGCCGGCAGCUGCACGUGCUUCUCCGCCUUGAUUGGUAAUAGGAGACGAUACAUAACACUGGUUCUCAUCGGUCUCGACAACGCGGGGAAAACCACAUUGCUAAGCAACAUCAGGAGGGAGUUCCCUGGCCCAACUGUUCCGACAUGGGGCUUCGUAAGCAGGAAAUGGAGUGAAGGCCAGUUCGAUGUCACAUUUUACGACCUUGGUGGAAGUGCCAACAUCAGGCGAAUAUGGGAGCAGUACUAUGCUGAGGUGCAUGGAGGGGUUUUUGUGGUCGAUGCCUCCGACAGAUCAAGGCUUCAUGAAGCACGGGAUUUAUUGCUGGUGUCGAUGUCGCAUCCAUAUAUGCUGGGGAAACCCUUUCUUAUAUUUGCAAAUAAACAGGAUGUCUGUUCUGCCCUGACAGAUGUUGAGGUGGCCCUGGGUCUGAACCUGAAGGUCGUUGAGGGAUCCAAACAUCUCGUUGUUCCCUGUUCGGCACAUGCGACCUGUCCAACGGGUCAAGGGCAGUCUGUUCUCGAUGAGAGGAUAUGGGUUGGUUUGCGAUGGCUUCUGGGUAUGAUUGAGAGGGACUUCGUGGACCUUGAUUUGAGGGCAAAGCAGGAAGGAUCUCAUGUGGCGAAGCUGAAAGCUAUCGCAGAGGAGCAGGGGGCAAAGAUGAAGGAAUUGGAGGAGGAGAUGGAGAAGAAGAAGAAGGCUGUUGAAGAACAAGCGGCAGCGGAAGCAGAAGAGGAAAGGAAACGCAGGGAAGUCAAAGGAGAGAGUAGUGGCACAACGAAUGAGGACGCCGCAAUGGAGAAAAAGAUCAGCGAGUGGAUUGCUAAUUUAUCGUUGGGGGAAGAUGAGGAGGAAGAGUUUUAUGUGCCCCAGGACGAGAGGGAUGCGUUAGCCAAUGAGCUAGCAGCAAUCGAGGACCCCCUGGAAAGGCAAGAAGUGGAGGAGGAGAAGAAGUUGGAAUGGAAGUUGAGAAUGAAGAGAGAGAAGAAGAGGAGGAGGGAGGAAGUUAACAGGUUGACCGCAGAGGUGGCAAAGGUGAGAGAUUGUAGACAAGAAGUGCAGGCACAGACAGACAUGUCUGCCAAAAUGGACAAGAUGCUGGGAUAUUUGGAAGUGUUGAGUGCGGCUUGGAUGGAGGAGCGCCAAGCUAGCUGGGGUCAAGAUGUAGCCCUGAAGGCCAUGCGGUCAGGAUUUCGGGAUUUUGCGCGUGACAUCGUCAGCCACGUUGGAGGGGAAGUUAGGCGACUAAGAGACAUAGUGGGGAAGUUUUGUGAGGGCGCCAUCGAGGGUGCCAAAGCGGUAGCCGCCCACAUCCUGACUAAGGAGCAAGUUCUCGUCGCCUUCCAGGCCCUUAAGGAUGAAGCGGCUAGUUUUGCCAGGUCCCUAGCACGCGCAGCCGGUUGUGAAAACAACCUGGUUGCAUACUCCAAGGUCACCCCCCUUCCUCACUUCUUCAAGCUCUUGAGGGAGCGAUUUACUGACCCAACGAGAGGCGUUAGAGUGUCUGACAAGCUACGGACUAUCCACUCGCGACAGUGGAGGAGUGCAAGGGCACUCAAGGGCGUCAUGGACGACUUGGUAGCCGUCCCAGACCAUGGGGUCACUGAGCCCCAAUUGGUCCAGUUAUUUUACCGUGCCAUGCCAGAGCCCCUGCGUGGGCAUUUCUUUGAGAGGUCUCAACAGGCCGACAUCACGUACGACGUGCUGAGUAGAGAGGUGGUCCUGUAUGAGUCAAAGUCCAUGCCAGUAUCCACUUUCUGGCAUAAGGACUUAGAUAAGGGAAAAAAGUGGAAGGGUCGUACCAUCUCUGGCCAAGUGAGGGCCAAGGACCAUAUGAUCCUCACGUUAGAAGAAGGUGGUACGGAUGAAAUCCCCUACAGUGAGAUCGAGUGGGGGUUAGAGGAGGAUGACAACAGCGUAGGGCAAGGGAGGUCUUAUGCGGCUGUCGCGGCUGGAGGGAGGCCGCAAGGUAGAGGAGGAGGCGAGGGCCAAAGGGGCCAGGCCACGGGAGGCCGAGGACCGGGCGCACAGGGGGUUGGCGGACAAGGGAACCGCUAAGUGGGAGGUAGGGGUCAAGGUCCCCCGCCAAAUCGCCAGGGUUCUUGUCGGUCCCCCCAGCGAAGAGGUGGAAGGCCACCUCAAGGAGGAUGACACCCAGGCUUGCCACAGGGCAGGCCCUGGGAAGAUUUGGGCUUGGACCAGCGCGUAUGGCAGGAACGCGUGGACUUGGGUCAGUGCGUGUUUUGUGGUGACCCGACCCAUGUAAUUAAAUUUUGUCCUAAGUAUAGACAGUCCCGAUGGGCUGCUCAGCAAUCAAAAGGCAGCCGCCAA